CCAGAAUCCAUUCCAUCCCAUCAUAUGUGAUAAUUUUGAUUAUAAUGAUCGAUUAGCUUUACGUCCCUUUCGUGAAGAAAACGGACUGAUAAUUGGUGGACGAUUUCUCAAGCUCCGUGAUGAUUUUAUGAUAAGAUAUUCUUUUGAUCGAUUUUUUGUUGCGCCAAGUGUCCAGUUUUAAUUUGGUUGGGCGUGCGAAAACCUAACCGAUCGCGAGUUUUUUCCGACGAGAUAAGCACGAUGCCGGUGAAUGUAAUUCAGGACGGCGAUGGAUCGGGUCGGGUCAUAUUGUCCGAACCUACCGGCUCUACAGUUGAGGUGCUUUUAUAUGGUGGGCAGGUGAUAUCUUGGAAGAAUGAGAAAAGAGAGGAGAUGCUAUUCAUGACCAAUAAGGCUUUAUGGAAGCCAGGAAAAGGUAUCAGGGGUGGAGUAGCCAUUUGCUUCCCGCAGUUUGCCAAUUUUGGUUCACUGGAGCAACCUGGGUUUGCUAGAAGUAGAAUGUGGUCGUUAGACAGCUCUCCUUCGCCUUUGCCCCCUGUGACCAAUCAAGCAACCGUGGAUAUUAUGCUAAAAUCCACAGAGGAGGAUUUGAAGACUUGGCCUCAUAGGUUUGAGUUGCGUUUACGAAUUUCCUUGACAGCUGGAAAGCUCACCUUGAUCCCUCGCGUGCGGAACACUGAUAACAAGGCGUUUUCUUUCACAUUUGCUUUGUGCAAUUAUCUGACUGUGUCUGAUAUCAGUGAAGUGCGGGUCGAGGGCCUGGAGACACUUGACUACUUUGACAAUUUGUCACAAAGAGAAAGGUACACAGAGCAGGCAGAUGCAAUUACUUUUGAUGGUGAGAUUGAUCGAGUGUAUUUAAGCACUCCAACAAAGAUAGCCAUAAUAGACCAUGAGAAGAAGAGAACGUAUGAGAUUCGUAAAGAGGGCAUGCCCGAUGCAGUUGUAUGGAAUCCUUGGGAUAAAAAAUCUAAGGCUCAACCUGACUUGGGGGAUGAUGAUUACAAAACUAUUUUAUGUGUGGACUCUGCUUCUAUUGAAACCCCAAUUGUUCUGAAACCAUUUGAAGAGUGGAAAUGCCGUCAAGAGCUCUCGACUGUCUCAUCGAGUUAUUGUAGUGGGCAGUUGGACCCUAGGAAAGUUCUUGGGUUCGACAACAUUUCGGCCACCAUAUCUUAG